AUGGCGACCGAAGAUGGUUGCGCGGAGGUCGCCGUCAUCAGGCCCGCCCUGGGCGCCGCCGCGGGGGGGCCGCCAGCAGGCUGGUGCUCGCGCAGCGCGCUGCUGUGCGAGUGCCACCGAAGGCUCGCCGUGCAGAGCGGGUGGUUGGAGCUGCUGGUCUCCGCGAGGGCGGCAGCCCUGCCCGAGUCGUACGCAUCCCGGCUGCUGCUGCUGAGGUCGGUGUCCGCCGUGGUGUGCGACGUGCUGCUGGGGCUGGCGCUGUUCCUCGCGCUGCACCGGAGGCUGGACGGUCGGAUCCUGGAGGGGUUGGCGGGGCUCAGCGACUGGGCUUACGGGGGCGCGCUGGUCUCAUUGGUGGACUGGCUGAUGGGCGUUCCCGCCGACUUCAAGCUGAACAAGGAGAGUUCACGUCGUUCGUGGGCAGCCUCUGCGUGA